CCCGCUCAUCGUCGACGCCGAGAUCCUCCCGGGUCCGGGCGGCUUCCUCCCGCAGAUGGCGUCCGUGUGGGAUCCGGAUCCGCCCGUGGCGAUCCCAAACGGCGAGACGAGCGGUGGAAAAGAGACGUACGAACCGGGCGGGUCGCCGUUCCCGCCCGUCCCGGGCUCCGACGCCGCCUCCGCCGAUCGUUCGGCUCGCGCUCGACGGACGAUUAAGUUUCAUCCAACCGCGUUCGUCGCCAAGACGAAGCUCAUCGUCCCCGGGGCGAUCCUAUCCGUCGGGUUCUCGACGCACGGCGGGUGCGUGGAUGAUGCGGACGCGGCGGCGGCGCGCGCGGCGUACACGGCGUGGUACGCCGGCGGCGGCUUUGAGUAUUCGGCGCCUUCGAGUGGCGGUGACUCACCGGGACCGUCCCGCAGGCGCACGUCGGACCCUGGCCGCGGUCUUCUCGAGGACGGAGCCGAGGCGGAGGCGGGUGCGACGGCGGCGGAGGAGGAGGAGGAGGAGGCGACGAAUGAGGAGGAGGCGAAGGAGAAGGAGGCGAAGGCCGAGGCUGAGGUGAUGGACGAGCUCGAGGCUGAGGUGGAGGCUGAGGCUGAGGCGGAGGCUGCGGAAGCCGUCGAGGACUUUGACGCGAUCCGGAUGGCGGAGGCGCAGGCGUCCAUCGACGAACUCUCCGCCUCGGACGACCUGAAGCGCCAACUCGAGGCGAACGCCUCCACCCCCGACGACGAACUCGCCGACGAGCCCGAGACGUACGACGACCUCGACCCGAGGUUCGUCAAGGCGCUCGCCGACAUCGACCUGUCCGAGGAACACUUUCCGUUUGACCUGGACGCGAUGGCGAUGCGAAACGAACGGUACUUUCCCGCGCCGGGGUGGGGGUACGACGAGGCGAUGAUGCAGGACGCGUAUUGGCUGUUCCGCAACGCCACGUGGAGGGGCGACGUGUGGCUCAACCUGGAGGCGUGCAUGCUCCGACCGGGCGGGAAAAACGUCGGCGCCUUUGUGCAGGAUAACGAGAAUCCGCCCUACCGCCGCAUGCUCGCGCAGAAGCUCGGGUACGCGGUGGUGUAUCACUCGAGGACGCGCGGCGGCGGCGAGUUCGACGAAAUCGAGGGGUGGAGGAAGUUUCUGACCCCCGGGGGAUCGGGCGCCGACGAGCGCGCGAGGCCGGACCGAGCCAACACGUUUGUCGGGGAUGUGAGAAUUUACGACGAGGACGGGGCGGCUUUCAAGCGCCCCGACGCGGUGUUUCCGCCGGCUAAAAUCCCGACGCAAUCCGAGCUUUAACGCGUCGUCCGUCUGCGAGUAGAGUAAGCGCUACUAGCCGGUGUCGCGAUGUUACAAAAUACAAAGAACGCGUC